GACUACAUACUUGUAUCUCUUCACGUGCACUUUCUAUAUUUAAACUACAUUUCAAAUACCCUUGGUGCACCCUAUAGGCAAUACACUCACGUUAUACGGUGCCUGUUUUGCCUGUUCUGAAUAAUUGUAUCUAGUUAUACCAUGCACUUGAACAGAAAUUAAAAAGUGUGAAUUUCAAAAAUAGACGUGACCUUAACGGAAGUAAAUGAUCAAGUAUGCAUUUAUAAAUAGAUGGAUGCUGCUGGUAUACUUGCUGCAAGCUAAAAUGGACAGAGCUUCGCAGUAGCUUAUUUCAAAGCUGUAUCUUUAGUUCAUUAAAAGUAAAUUUGAUGAAUUUGUCAUUUUGAUGUUUAGCCAGCCAUUUGUUUGCUGUGAGGGAUUUCCCAUGCUAUGUGUUACCAUGUGCUGAUGGACUUUUAUCGCUCUACAUUCAUUUCAUAGAAUUAAUCUAGCACAUAAUUCAGACCUCAUAUGUUUACUGAGUAUUGCACCUAGGCAAACUUCUCCUAACUGCCUGCGGUAAUUUCAAGAAAGUCCCGCCCACCUGCAACGCCCAUUAGAUGCUGGAGUCUAUUUAAGUAUAAAGUUCCCCUUUCUUAGUUUUGUGUUGAUUAAGAAAUCUGAUCGAUUUCAGAAUUCACAAAGGGCAUAUCUAAGAGAGAUGAACUUAGACAGUGACUGCAGCAUGUCAGUCAGUUGUGGCAAUGGGAAACUUAGGCAGUGGCUGAUUGAACAGAUUGACAGCGGGAAGUACCCAGGAUUGGUUUGGGAGAGUGAUGACAAAACCAUUUUCAGGAUUCCAUGGAAGCAUGCUGGCAAACAAGACUACAACAGGGACGAAGACGCAGCUCUCUUUAAGGGAUGGGCACUUUUCAAAGGGAAAUACAGGGAAGGGAUUGAUAAACAAGAUCCCCCUACGUGGAAAACAAGAUUACGAUGUGCCUUGAACAAGAGCAAUGACUUUGAGGAAAUGGUGGAAAGAAGUCAGUUGGACAUUUCAGAUCCGUAUAAAGUGUAUAGAAUAAUACCAGAAAGUUCAAAGAAAGGAGCCAAACAAAUUAGCAUGGAUGAGCAGUCGGUACAUAUGAACUCUCUUGGCUACACUAUGCACCCUUCAUAUCCUCCCCUGCAAACUCAGGUAUCGAACUACAUGGUGCCUCAUGAGCGGAACUGGAGGGAGUAUGAGCAGCCUCACUCUGAAAUGCCUUACAGCCCAUGCCCAUAUCCUGCACGAAACCAUCCCUGGCAAGGGGGUGCUUGCGAAAAUGCAGGUUACCAACUAACAGGAUCAUUUUUUUGUUCACCUACUGACUCACAACCUCAGGGUCUUUCACUAGAAUCUACCAUGAGGUCUGCAGAAGCUUUUGCACUUACAGAUUGCCGCCUAAACAUUUGCUUAUACUACCGAGAAACCCUGGUUAGAGAAGUGACAACAACAAGUCUGGAAGGCUGUAGGAUAUCUUCAAACCCAAGCAUAGAUGACAAAAUCUACAGCUACAGCGGCAUGGACCAGGUCAUUUUCCCCUUCCCCUUUCCAACUUCCCAGAGGAAAGGCAUGGAGAAGCUACCAAACCAUCUGGAGAGGGGGGUGCUGCUGUGGAUGACCCCCGAUGGGCUCUAUGCCAAAAGACUGUGCCAGAGCCGGAUCUAUUGGGAAGGGCCUCUUUCACCAUACAGCGACAGGCCUAACAAACUAGAAAAGGAACAGACCUGCAAGCUAUUCGACACACAGCAGUUUCUGACAGAACUCCAAGGCUAUGUCCAUCAUGGGCGCUCAAUGCCACGGUUCCAGAUCGUCUUGUGUUUCGGUGAUGAGUUUCCUGAUCCACAGAGACAGAGGAAGCUGAUCACAGCUCAUGUGGAACCCAUGUUUGCAAAACAACUGUAUUACAUUGCUCAGCAACAUAGCACUGGUCCUGUCAUUAGAGGAUACGAUUUACCCGAACACAUCCCUGCUCCUGAGGACUACCAAAGGGCUAUUGUUCACCCCUCCAUCCAAGAAUGAAGAUCCAUUUUAGAUUAUGUAAUAUUCAUUUGGAUUACUGAGUCACCCAAUGGAAGGUAAUGUCACUUAGUAUGCUGUAUCUGAGAGGACAGAGAACUAAUUUAGAAGAUACGUGACAAAUUAAUAUACCUUCACAAAAACCAUGGAAAGAGGAACUACCUACAUGUUAGAGGAAAACUGAAAACUGACAAAACAAUUGACUUGCAAGCAAUUUUGUAUUCCUAUCAAACGACUGACUGGAUAAUGUUGCAUAAACUGCAAUAUUAAUUUGUUAUUCCACCUUCUCAAGCUAGAACAGAACUUUUUUUUUUCUUCAAAUGGAAGAAAAGCCAUUAUUGGGUACAAUACCUUAAACACUUUUUUAUUUUCAUUUUUUUAUUAGAUAUUUAAUUUUCAUUAAAUGUCUUUUAUUUAAAGACUCAUAUAGUAUUUGUUUCCUCAGGAAUGAGAAAAGCUUCCUACUUCUAUGACAUGAGUUAAUCCAAUUGCACCUGUCACAGUAGCCAUAGCGAUGAAUAGGGCCAUUUAAUAUCAUGUCUGUAGUGUCAUAGUGGCUGGUUUUUUAGAUCUAAUCCAGGCCUAGCUCCUUGUUGGUUUAGAUUAUAUAUGCAAUUCAGCAAUUUUUUUUUUUUUUAAUUAAUUAAUACCAUACUAUAAAGAUGCUUAACAUACAUGUUUAAUGGGCUUGACAAUCACUACUGAUACAUGAGUAGUUACAUAAUGAGACGCCCCAACAGAUGUUUCCUGAACCAUGUACUUUAUAAGAUACUAAUGUACAAAAUUAAUGGCACAAAUCAUGCAGUAGAUUGUAAGCAGCUAAAGACAUC